AUGUAUAAAGAGAACUCACUCAAGGAAAGGGAGUGUGAUGACAAGGAGGAGAAGGAGCAAGGUGAAGAGUUGUUGAGAGAGAAGAAAACUAGGAGAUCGAUUACAAAGAACAGACCGGUGUUUAGAUUGUCUUUGGAGAAAACAAUCCUUCCUCCAAAGUCUAUAGAUACAACAAGGACAGAGAUGGCUUCAUCAGAGAAAACAAGAGAAAGACCGGUAACUCAGAGCUCAAGGAAGAUUGAAUAG